AUGAAUAUUACAACUUACGAUCUACAAAUCCUUGUCUCGCUAGUAUACUUUGCUUUAACGUCGGGUGUUUUGCUUGUUAAAUGUGUUCGACCUUUGAGAAAAUUGCUAAACUAUGGUAAGACGGCAUCCACUGGUGAUGACGGUAACAGUCCGCCUUCAGAAGUAAUUGAGAUUAUAGCCAAAUACGCUGUAGUGCGUAAACUGUGGUUUACCCAUUUUUACAUUUGCUUGUUUACCUUGUCUACUGCCACUUACUUCAAGGCUUGUCAUGAAACUAUCGUAGGUCAAUCUGAUGAAGCCACCUACAAAAAUUUAUUGAUUAUUAAUAAAUUACUCAUCUUGCAAGGGGCAAGAAGAACCUUUGAGAGUUUUGCUGUUACCAAGUUUUCACCUACUUCCUACAUGAACAUGACUCACUACCUUGUUGGUAUAUCUCACUAUGUGUUGAUUGCGUUGGCAACUUACUUGGGCUUAUCGGGUAACUGUUCAGGAAGUGCCGCUUUGACCAUAGUCGACUACAUUCUCAUUGCUAUUUUUGGAGUUGCCUCAUUACAACAAUUUAGAGCUCAUUACCACCUAGCACAUUUGGUAAAGUACUCGCUUCCUAAAUUCGGGUUAGUGGCAUCCCCACAUUACCUGUAUGAAGUCCUCAUCUACACCGUAAUUAUGAUAUUCAGUACUAAAAACGGCAUCACUUUAACAUCCAUCAUGUUUAUAUCAGGAUGGGUAUUUGUUGUUACCAACUUGUCGGUAUCUGCUAUUCAAACAUAUCAAUACUACCAAGCAAAGUAUAAAGAGGAAUUCAAUUUGAAAUGGGCAAUAUUUCCAGGCGUUGUGUAG